GCGCCGGGCCGGGCAUGGCUGCGGGGGCGGCGGGGCCGGGCGGCGCCGAGCGCUACUUCACACGCUGGUACAAGCCAGACGUGAAGGGGCGGCCGUGCGAGGACUUCUGCGUGCUGCAGCACUCCAACAGAAUUUGUGUCAUCACCUUGGCAGAAGCCCAUCCCCUUCUUCAAAGUGGGAAAACAAUUAAAAACAUUAAUUACCAAAUCAGUGCCAACUGUAGCAGACUUCAGAAUAAGGUCUCUGGGAAGUCAAAAAGGGGAGCUCAGUUUUUAACAGAACUUGCCCCUCUGUGCAGGAUAUCUUCAUCAGAUGGAGAGGAAUACACCAUUUACAGUUGCAUACGAGGGCGACUGAUUGAAGUGAAUGAGAACAUCCUUAGUAAUCCUGCUCUUCUGCAAGAAAAGCCAUCAACGGAGGGGUACAUUGCAGUGGUUCUACCCAAAUUUGAAGAAAGCAAGAGUAUAACUCAGGGACUUCUGACACAGAAGGAGUACGAGGAAGUUUUGCUGAAACGCCGCAGUUCUGCUUCAUGAAAUCAAUUCU